CGAGGCUAUGAAACACAGAGUCAGAAAAACGCACCUAAGGCAGUCAAUUUCCCCAAGCGAAUCUUUACUCAUGGCUGCCGGUUGGGUGGUCGCUGGUAGGUUCUCCUCCGACGCUCUCUCGGUUCUACCUCCUUCUCUGCUAGCGACUAUUUCACCCUAGGGCGACGUUGGUCCUGCCAAGGCCAACCAGCCGCGUUGUUUGUGCGAUGGAGACAAGUGGGUUGGAGGUUUGGGAGAAGUUUUCCGCAGGAAUCGUCGGGUGGUUUUGGAGUGGAAGUCUCGCCUGCUGUACUUUUGAUCUGAAAUGAAUGGAAGCGGAAGUCGCCAAACGCCCAAACCCACGAAGGCACGGACGGAAAUUGAAAAAGACGCCAGAAGGAAGUCGCCGAGAGAGAGUCGCCGCCGAUACCCAGACGCCGCCGCCCGCCUGCACGCUCCACUGCUCCACAGUCUAGCCGCUUCUCGCCAGACGCCGCCUCGACGGAAACUCUCCAGCCUCCAGGUCCAGGAUUCCAGGUGCGGAGUUUAUUAGGUACAACUCAAGAUUUUGGUACACCAUUUUGCUGCUAAUUAGUAAUCAAUCCGAACGUCAUUCUUGAGGGAUGACGCAACGCCCCUUCAUGAUAGAAAAUGGCGUUGGUGAUAAUGAAAAAAAAAGACGAGUACUUCAGGAUGUGGAGUCGACAGUUGGGGGUGACAUGAGUCAACUUCCAGAUGAAAUUCUUGAGUACAUUCUGAAUAAAUUGAUGCUUAGGGAUGCAGUUAGAGCAAGUUUGGUAUCAUCUAGAUGGAGGCAUCAUGUUCUGUCCCGACCUUGCCUUAUUUUCAAAACAUGUAGCAUGUUCAAAAUUGAGGGAGCCUCAGAAGAGAAAUGUGUUUGUUCAGAAUACAAAGAUCGAUUUGUACGAGCUGUAUAUGACUUCCUUGCUUCAUAUAAAGGCGUGCGAAUGAAAAAGUUGUCUGUUCAUUUCUGCCUGAAGACUGUUUCCAAGAACGUCGUCUCAGACUGGAUGAGUUUAGCUUGUGGUUUAGGUGUGGAAGAUGUUGUGUUUGAAUUAUAUUGUGAAAAUUUGGAAUCCAAAGUGCGAUCGCGUAGUACUCGGCUUCUGGAGAUUUUCCCAAGUCAACAACCGAUUGUUUUAAAGUAUCUAAGACUAUCUGGCUGUGAUGCUUUUGCAGUCAGUCUGUUCACCCGGCUAGAGACCCUCAACCUUUAUUACACGUCUUUGGAUUCUCAUGUUAUGGAGAGUGUGCUCUCAUCGGGUUUAGUAAAUCUUAAGACGUUAAGAUUUCAACACUCCAAAUUGCCUCCCUAUUUAAUCCUUAACUCACUCCCCAACCUACAAUAUUUAGUGGCUUUUUUUUGCUCUGGAUUGGAAAAAAUUGACGUGGCUAGUCUUAAGCUCAAAAAGUUGAAUGUUCAGUGCAAUAGGACUGUUUCAGUGGGGCUCACGCGGGUUCCCAACUUGAUACUAUUGAGUUACUUGGUGCAUGAUGGUCCCAGCAUAUGCCACAUUUUUUCCAAGCUCCCACAAAUUCUUCCUUAUUUGGAAAUUUUGCAUGUGGCCUCUAGUUGCAACUGGGUUGAGUACAUGCCAGAAAGCGUAGCUACAUUCUCCAAACUUAGGAAACUAAAACUGCCAAUGGCCUCCAAAGUGGAAGAUAUCAUGUUUAAGAUUGUCCAGUUUCUGAAAUCUUGCCCUAUACUCUCUAAACUGACCAUUAGGUUUAAAUCGAGCUCACGAGAGGACAAGGAACAUGAGAAGCUGGAGUGCAUUGAUGAUGAUUACCAUCAUAAGGAACAUGAGAAGUUGGAGUGCAUGGAUGAUGAUUACCAUCAUAAACAUUUGGAGUCGAUUGAAAUCCAUGGAUUUGCAUGCACCAAAAAUCAGAUCGAGUUUUGCAAGUAUUUACUGAAACUUGCCCCUUGCAUGAAGAAGUUAAUAUUACCACAUUGUCCACAAGAGUGCAAACAUCAAGUGAGUGAAGAAGAGCGUGAAUCUAUAAUAAAUGCAUUGAAACCAUUUUUAAAGGGUGUGAAACUGCUUGUCUUUUAAUUUGAGGAAAUAAACAACUCGUAUGUCUUCCUUUCUUAAGCGGGAUGGUUCUGAUCUGGGAUGGAGGAACUUUUUUUGUGUGGAAACAGAACACACUUCUAUAUUAUUUACAUUCAACCAUGUUCUCUACUCACUAUGUACUAAAUUUGUGACAAUUCU